AAGAUCAGAACUGGCCUAGGAGCAGAAUUGGUUGCUUGACACACAUUGCUGAUUCGCCGUCGAAAACCAAGUUUGGGUGGUGAGACGUGUUGUCAUUGCAAGAUGUGCCAAGGGCCCUCUAAAUGCUGUGGCUUCGAAGCGCGAGACAGCCAUUUUGGUUCCCUGAUCGUGCUGCUACCUCUGGACUAUUGGGACUCUCCAUUUUGAAUGUCGUGUCAGGUCAACGAAGAAAGGCGAAAGAAUCAUCCACUUCUGUUGGAAGUCAAGCGGUCGAAGUUCAAUGCGUUGUUGUUUCUGACGUGAAGGCAAAGACUUACUAUGGCAUGCUGGUACUGUCGCAUAAAGACUAUGCCGAGCCCUCUCCCGAAAAAGACUAUGACUUGGGUAUUCCUGCCGCUGCUGCCACUCCUUUCGAGGUAGGACGAUCGCUUAGGGCCUCCAAGUCAAAGAAUGCUGCCACUGGGAUGUCAGGGUCUGUAGAUCCGCCCCGUUCCGAGUUUCCGCUCAAGAAGUUCUAUGGGGCCCCCGGGCAAAGAGCUAAGGAUCUACUCCCGGUAGCAGCUGCCGUAACGCGUAUAGCUCUGAGUGAAUGUAUGCCUUCAGCCUCCGCUUGGUCUGCCUUCAGCCUAGCUUGGGCUCCUCCGUCUAAAGUCUUAUACCUGCUUUCAGCCGUACUUAGUCCUGCUUCUGCCGAGCUUGUUUGUAGCUCAGUAGUGGCGCCCCGUGCGAGGGAAGGCGACGAUGCUGAUUGGUUCGAAUCCAAUGGUAGGCCUGGGCUCUCCUACGCAGGAGAAUCAGGCAAGGAUAUAGGGACUCUCUAUUUCAUUUUCGGUGCCAUUGCUGGAGUGAUGGGCACAUGCUUCUCAGUACUGAUUCGUAUGGAAUUAGCACGACCCGGCGAUCAAAUUCUUGGUGGAUUUGGUAAUUGGUUUGUUCCGAUUCUGAUAGGUGCACCUGACAUGGCAUUUCCACGAUUAAAUAAUAUUUCAUUCUGGUUGUUGCCACCAAGUCUCUUGCUCCUAUUAAGCUCAGCCUUAGUAGAAGUAGGUAGCGGCACUGGGUGGACGGUCUAUCCGCCCUUAAGUGGUUCUAUCAAUUUUAUAACAACUAUCUUCAACAUGCGUGGACCUGGAAUGACUAUGCAUAGAUUACCCCUAUUUGUGUGGUCCGUUCUAGUGACAGCAUUCCUACUUUUAUUAUCACUCCCGGUACUGGCAGGGGCAAUUACCAUGUUAUUAACCGAUCGAAACUUUAAUACAACCUUUUUUGAUCCCGCUGGAGGGGGAGACCCAAUUUUAUACCAGCAUCUCUUUUGGUUCUUCGGUCAUCCAGAGGUGUAUAUUCUCAUUCUGCCUGGAUUCGGUAUCAUAAGUCAUAUCGUUUCGACUUUUUCGGGAAAACCGGUCUUCGGGUAUCUAGGCAUGGUUUAUGCCAUGAUCAGUAUUGGUGUCUUAGGAUUUCUUGUUUGGGCUCAUCAUAUGUUUACUGUGGGCUUAGACGUAGAUACCCGUGCCUACUUCACCGCAGCUACCAUGAUCAUAGCUGUCCCCACUGGAAUCAAAAUCUUUAGUUGGAUCGCUACCAUGUGGGGGGGUUCGAUACAAUACAAAACACCCAUGUUAUUUGCUGUAGGAUUCAUCUUUUUGUUCACCAUAGGAGGACUCACUGGAAUAGUCCUGGCAAAUUCAGGGCUAGACAUUGCUCUACAUGAUACUUAUUAUGUGGUUGCACAUUUCCAUUAUGUACUUUCUAUGGGAGCCGUUUUUGCUUUAUUUGCAGGAUUUUACUAUUGGGUGGGGCUUUCAGGUAUGCCACGUCGUAUUCCAGAUUAUCCGGAUGCUUACGCUGGAUGGAAUGCCCUUUCCAGUUUUGGCUCUUAUAUAUCCGUAGUUGGGAUUUGUUGUUUCUUCGUGGUCGUAACAAUCACUUUAAGCAGUGGAAAUAACAAAAGAUGUGCUUCGAGUCCUUGGGCUCUUGAACUGAAUUCAACUACACUGGAAUGGAUGGUACAAAGUCCUCCUGCUUUUCAUACUUUUGGAGAACUUCCAGCUAUCAAGGAGACGAAAAGCAGAGGGGGAGGGGGGCUGACCACCCCUUCUGCCAAUAGGACACUUCUUGACGUGACAAAGCGCUUCUCUUCUUCCGAGGGUUUCUUGGGAUUGGCAAAAGUAGGGUUUUACAAACCAUUAUCAGAUGGCUGAAUUCUGCCUUUAAUCUAUCGAUAGCACAGUGCUGCAUCACUCGUAGGGUUGUGAUCUUCAAAGGAAGCUUGACAUGAGACUGUGAAAGCUUAGAGUACUUCUAGAUUAGGGAUUUCUCACGUGGCGGAUACGUACUAUCCUCUUUCUAUGGUCAUUCUUCUGUUAACAAAUCCCGUUUCCCUUG